AACAGGAUAUCUUCCAGCCCCCUGAAUGGAAGCUGCUAACAGUCCGGUUGUUUUGGCAGCGGGAGAAAUAUUAGCGGGACAGCGAGCGGGGUUGUCGUGGAGACGGCCGGCGCAGGGGGAAGCGGGGGAUCGACGCGGCUCCCCCCCCGAACGCAGACCUGCGCCCCGCCAUGCCCCUCGGCUGCACACACUGAAGCAUGCUGGAUGUCCACCUGCUCCUCACAAGCUGUAGGGUAACCGCCUGCGUCCUGGGGAGGCUUUCGGCUGUGACAAUGGGCACGACCGUCAUCACCAUCGAGGAGGUGCGUGCGCAGGAGGGCAAAGAGGAGCGGGAGGAGUCCAUACUAGCCAUGCUGGGCAUCGUCGGGACCUUCCUCAACCUGUUCGUCAUCGUCUUCGUGUACAUCUACACCACCCUGUGAAGGGGGACUACGCCCCCCCGCCCCUGAUC